GAUUCUUUCAACAACAAUAGCAAUAAUAAUAAAAUAUUUCUACUUGCAGUCAAAUAAAUUAAUAUCAACACGCAGUUGUGUUCUGUAUCACAUUUGAAACUCAUUAACUGUAAUAAGCUAAAAUUAGUGGCCGAGUAAAUAAUUCUCUCAAAUUUCUCCGAGGUUAAAAAAACUGUUUUCUGUUCACACUCAAACUGAAUUAAUCAGUAGUGACAACAGUCUUAUCUGCAACAGUAGAAGUAGUUGUGACAAUAAAGAACACAGACGGAACACAGUCAGUUGAACACAUCAGUACCUGAAAACUUCCUGUUUUUCUAAAGAAAGACUUCUGUGGAUGUCUACAUAUAAUCACGUGUAAAUUUUCCCGUGAGAUAAUAAUUUCGAUAAUUAAUACACAAAUAAUACUCAAUUACUUUAACGUCAUACAUUAGCAUAAAUAUAUAAAGUUAAUUAAUACAAUGUCGAAUCAACCAGAUUUAGCAACUCGAUCAGCUGAUUUAAUUACACGAGUCGGUAGACGUAUGAGCGUAGUAUUUAAUAUUAAUAAACAGAAUUCAAUGAAAUGCAAUGAAGACUUCUAUCAAGGAUACCAGCUGAGUAUGAGUGACUUGAGAAAGGCUACUUCUGCAUCGAAACAAGCGGCAGGCUGUUUGUUUACCAACUUCGAAGAUGUUCGCCUAACAGAUGAAGAACGCGUCUACUUGAAUGCAGCAGCCACAGGUGAUAUCGGCAUAAUUCGUAUGUCACUGGAAGACUCCGAUGAUUCAGUUGAAUUCAAUGUAAACUGUGUUGAUUAUAUGGGGCGUAAUGCUUUACACCUUGCAGUUGACUCUGAAAACACUGAUGUCAUGGAGAUGUUGCUGGAUAAGCUGAAUUUCGAAUGUAUUGAAGAGGCAUUAUUACAUGCAAUUAGUAAAGGACAUCCUAAACUAGUUCGAGUUAUCAUUGAACACCCUAAUUACCAAGCUGGUGAAGAUCAAAUCAAGAGAAUGGAUUCAAAAAAUGCAUUUUUUCGUACAACAGAAAAAAGUCAGUUUUCCCCAGAUAUUACACCACUCAUCUUAUCAGCACACUAUAACAACCACGAAAUGGUACAAAUGUUCCUGUCGCGCAAUCAUACAAUCGAUAAACCACAUUCAAUAUCCUGUCAGUGUAAUGACUGUCAAGUUAGACAAGAUUAUGAUUCAUUGAAACGGUCAAGGUCAAGGUUAAACGCCUACAGAGCCUUAGCAAGCCCAGCGUACAUGGCGUUAAGCAGUCCAGAUCCUAUAAUGACAACAUUCCAGUUACGUCAAGAAAUGAUGAAACUGGCUGAAAUCGAAAAGGAAUUUAAGAAAGAAUAUCUGAUGCUAGUUGAAAAAUGUAUGAAUUUCGCUUGUGAAAUGAUGGAUUUAUGCAGAGGUACACAAGAAGUUGAGGCUGUUAUAUCAGACUUCCUAGAAGACGGAACAAAUAUUCGUGAUCCACUGGGUCGUCUUCGGCUUGCAAUACGUUUUGAAGAGAAAAAGUUUGUUGCUCAUCCUAAUUGUCAACAAUAUUUGACAAGUAUAUGGUACGGGUCGGAGACAGCCUUUCUGCAAUCAUGGUCAUUAAUUCGGAAAAUUGGUCUUUCUGUAGCUGCCACACCUCUACUUCCCCUAUUUUGUAUAAUGUAUAUAAUACUACCUACCUCGAAUAUUGCACGUUCAAUGAGAUGUCCAGCAGCAAAAUUUGCAACUCACGUGGUAUCACACUUUUUAUUCCUUAUACUACUUGCUGCAGCAACAUUCCGUUUAGAAGAGAAUUAUGACGCCUUGUUAGAUGAGCAGAUGCUUGGCACCGGAGAUGAAGACACAAUACGUCAAUGGGUACAGAAAAAUUUUCGACCGUCUAAAGCUAUUAUAACACAUGUUCAAAUAUGUAUUGUAUUAUGGGUGGCUGGUCUCCUACUUGCUGAUAUUAAACAUAUUUACUUUGCAGGAUUCAGGUCUUAUAUAUGUAAUGCCUAUAAUUUAUUGAAUUUCUGUAUAUUAUCCAUGUAUAUUGGCUCCUAUACUCUACGCAUAAUUGUUGAUCGUUGGGUUCGUGAAUCAGAUUUAUUCUUCAAUGCAACAGCUCAAGUGAAUUAUUUAUUACAUAAUAAUAAUAGUAAAUUGGUGCAUCAAAUGGUUCAGAACUGGACACAAUCGUGUCAUCAUGAUAAAAGUUACUUUAUUACAGCGUCACGAUUUCGAUGGAAAUAUGACGAUCCAGAAAUUGUAUCAGAUGUUAUGUUUGCUGUAGCCAAUGUAGUCAGUUUCGCUCGUACCACAUAUCUAAUGCCAGCAUUCGAAGCCUUGGGACCUCUACAAAUAUCAUUUACACGAAUGCUAACAGAUAUUACAAGAUUCAUGGUGCUUUACUUAUUGGUAUUAUUCGCAUUUAUGGUCGGUUUACAUAACCUAUAUUGGUAUUAUGGUUUGCAAAUAUUCAAAACUUAUGAUGAAGCAACGAAUACCACACAAACACAAGUAGCAACAGAAAUGUUUGAAGGACUUCGUCAUACACUGUACAGCUUGUUCUGGUCAAUGUUCAGUCAAGUCAGUAUUAGUAAACUGCCUAUUCGUAAACCCGCUCUGACGGAUUUGCAUAUUUUGUAUUUGCAAACAAUAGAUCAAGGUGAACAUAAAUACACUGAUGGCAUGAUUGAUACAGACUCACCGACAGCAAUCGUCGAUAGUGUUGGCAUGGUAUUAUUUGCUGUUUAUCACGGGAUUAUAAUAAUUGUCUUGGUCAAUAUGCUGAUUGCUAUGAUGAGUCAUUCAUUUGAAAGUAUUCAGGAGGACUGUGACGUGGAGUGGAAAUUCGCACGUACCCAACUGUGGUUGAAUUAUAUUGACAAUGGUAGUACUCUGCCAGUCCCCUUUAAUGUUAUUCCAACUCCGCAUAGUUUAGCGAAUGCAGUUAAGUUUAUACGUGACUUUUUCAAAGAUGAAACAGGAGUUGUCAGUGGAAAUAUACGAAGCACAGAUUUCGUUAAGGUGAGAAGGGAUAAAGUUGUGAAGGACAAGGAUUUAACUAUUCAAGAGACAUCACAUUCAGACAUAAUGCAACGACUUGUAAGACGUUAUCUGUUCAAAAUGGAAAGAGAAAACGAUGAGAAAGAAAAAUAUAAAGAAACACCAUGUUUACGUGCAGAAGAUAUGGCGGGAAAUGUGGAGGCCUUAUUCAAUGCAUAUGGUGAUCCAAAUCAAACUGUACAAUUCGCUGACGCAGAUGAGUUUCCGCCACCACCAGUGACAGCAGCUGGCGUUAGAGUGAACUAUGAACACUCACAAAAUCCUUAUCAGCUAAGUGUACAAGGUGGUGCACAAACAAUAAAUCCUAAUCAACAAACUGGUAAACGAUUAAAGCGACCAACCUAUGGUUCAGGACGAAGAUAUUCAACCUCCAUAGGCAAUACGGCGUUAGGAGCUGGUAGUAUGCUGGGUGGAAUUAAUCUACAACUACCUCAGUUGGAUGGAAUACAGCGUAUGCAGAAGAUAUUAGAUAUGCGUCUACAAAAUCUUCAGGCUCAGUCGGACCAAUUGAACCACGCAUCUGGUAAUGCAAGGAUUAAAGAGGAAAUAUCUCAUGUGCGUCAACUGAUUGGUGAAAGUCAGAAAGCUUUAUCUAGCAUCGUCAAGGCUGUGUCACAGAUGCAAGAUCAAGUUGUGCAGCUUAAUACAAAUAUGGAACAAUGGAUAUUAGCUCAAGCAAGCGGACGUGAAAUUCGUACUGUAUUUGUUGAAGAACGUAAUCCCAGUACAAAAUCACAACGUGACAGACAUCGUCGUGAUCGUAGAGAUAAAGAUCGUGAAUGGGAUUCAUUUGUACGAGAAGCAUAACAAAUAGUCUUCAGUGGCACAAACAUACAUUUGCAUGAUACUGUAAAAUUUUGUUUGCAAAGUACCGGAUGUGUGGAAACUUCUUUACCCUGAAAAGGACACUUUUUUAAAAAAGAAAAUAGUAAAUUAAAACUACCAACUACUAUAUCCAUUUAUAAGUAGUCUAUGCAAAUAUUACAUAAAUGCAAAAGUAUUUAAACUGGUCACUGUCAAAUUUAGAAAUAUGAGAAAAUUGGGACAUACCAUCUGUGAUGCCUUAAAAUAAUCUGACAGAUAAAAUUAACAAACGUAUAAAAAAUGUAACAUUCUUCCUUUACUCCUGUAAGUGGUUUCUUAAAACUAAAUCUUUAAAAAAAUACACGAAGAUAAGAUUGUCUCCAUGUCUCAGUGUUUCUUCAACAUGCAUUCACUGUAAGACGAUUCGCAAUGUAUACUCAAUCUCACUAAAUGAAAGAAUAAUGGAAAACUACUUCAUAAGGUUUUGGAACACAAUACCACUAUGGAAAUAUUGGUGUGCAAAGAAAUAGCAAGAAAUAGAAAAGUGGCAUUAGUCCUGGGUAAAACACGUUGUCCCUUAAGGCUUAUGGUGAAAACUGAUCCUCAAAUUUUAUAGUAAGUGAAAUAAUCACUAGAUGGAACUUAACUCUGGUAGCUUCUCAGAAGAGACAGCUGAUAAGUUGGAUGGAACGCUUUGAUGAAUACUUAAAAUGGUCUUCGGCUGCCUGCUAUUUAACCUCACCCAUAAAAGAGAUGCAGAGAGCGCUCCCUGAAAUGUAAACAAAGUUGUAAAAGCCCUGUCUAAAUUAAAACCCAGCAAAGUGGAGGGAUCCGACGUUUUUACUUCAGAAGAAUUUAGAGAUAGUGGUGACGAAUCAAUGAUUAGGUUAACUAAAAAAUCAGUUAUUGUGUUGCAACCCAAAAUAGUUCCGUCAUAUUAGUUUAC